AUGGCGCAACAUCACCCACCACCGCAAACCCAAACUCAUUACGGGCCCGUUCCGCAACAUCAAGACUACUCUACACAGCAGCAGCGAGCCAAACGCCCACGCUCACAAGAUUCCCUCGCGCUACAGGUCGAAGGCAUGCAAGGAUACACAUCGAACGUCUCCGGGCAAGACGCUGUAGAGCUAACACCAGGGGGUCAACUGCAAACGCAAGGAUUACACUAUGGGCAACAACAGACUCAUCACCAUCACCGCAUGCCUGGGCCACCACCAGCCAAGAUCUCUCGAGGGGACUACAGUGGUGAGCCUUCGUCGCCCUCUCAAAUAGCUGGACCCCCCAGUGUCGUAGGACUAGAGGGCAUGCCGGAUCCUGCGCCACGUCCACGCGGUCCGAAACUGAAGUUCACGCCUGAGGACGACCAGUUGCUCGUGGAUCUUAAGGAGAAGAAGAGCUUAACAUGGAAGCAAAUUGCAGACUUCUUUCCAGGGCGCAGUAGCGGCACGUUACAAGUACGGUACUGCACGAAGCUGAAGGCGAAGACCACAGUUUGGAACGACGAAUUGGUGCAGAAACUUCGGACGGCAAUGACGGAGUACGAAAACGACAGGUGGAGAAUAAUCGCGACCAAGGUUGGGAACGGUUUCUCCCCAGCCUCAUGCAAAGACAAGGCCUCGGAGCUCUUGGAGCUAGAAGGCUUGGAUGAGCCGCAAGCAGACGACGAGGAGGACCAAGCAGAAGAGCAGGACGAACCGGAAGAAUACGGAGUCAUCGAAACACGAACAUGA